UGUUCCGACAUCUAGUGGAAAGCCUUCCCAGAAGAGUGGAGGCUGUUAUAGCAGCAAUGUUCCAACAUCUAGUGGAAAGCCUUCCCAGAAGAGUGGAGGCUGUUAUAGCAGCAAUGUUCCAACAUCUAGUGGAAAGCAUUCCCAGAAGAGUGGAGGCUGUUAUAGCAGCAAUGUUCCAACAUCUAGUGGAAAGCCUUCCCAGAAGAGUGGAGGCUGUUAUAGCAGCAAUGUUCCAACAUCUAGUGGAAAGCCUUCCCAGAAGAGUGGAGGUUGUUAUAGCAGCAAUGUUCCAACAUCUAGUGGAAAGCCUUCCCAGAAGAGUGGAGGUUGUUAUAGCAGCAAUGUUCCAACAUCUAGUGGAAAGCCUUCCCAGAAGAGUGGAGGUUGUUAUAGCAGCAAUGUUCCAACAUCUAGUGGAAAGCCUUCCCAGAAGAGUGGAGGUUGUUAUAGCAGCAAUGUUCCAACAUCUAGUGGAAAGCCUUCCCAGAAGAGUGGAGGCUGUUAUAGCAGCAAUGUUCCAACAUCUAGUGGAAAGCCUUCCCAGAAGAGUGGAGGCUGUUAUAGCAGCAAUGUUCCAACAUCUAGUGGAAAGCCUUCCCAGAAGAGUGGAGGCUGUUAUAGCAGCAAUGUUCCAACAUCUAGUGGAAAGCCUUCCCAGAAGAGUGGAGGCUGUUAUAGCAGCAAUGUUCCAACAUCUAGUGGAAAACCUUCCCAGAAGAGUGGAGGCUGUUAUAGCAGCAAUGUUCCAACAUCUAGUGGAAAGCCUUCCCAGAAGAGUGGAGGCUGUUAUAGCAGCAAUGUUCCAACAUCUAGUGGAAAGCCUUCCCAGAAGAGUGGAGGCUGUUAUAGCAGCAAUGUUCCAACAUCUAGUGGAAAGCCUUCCCAGAAGAGUGGAGGCUGUUAUAGCAGCAAUGUUCCUACAUCUAGUGGAAAGCCUUCCCAGAAGAGUGGAGGCUGUUAUAGCAGCAAUGUUCCAACAUCUAGUGGAAAGCCUUCCCAGAAGAGUGGAGGCUGUUAUAGCAGCAAUGUUCCAACAUCUAGUGGAAAGCCUUCCCAGAAGAGUGGAGGCUGUUAUAGCAGCAAUGUUCCUACAUCUAGUGGAAAGCCUUCCCAGAAGAGUGGAGGCUGUUAUAGCAGCAAUGUUCCAACAUCUAGUGGAAAGCCUUCCCAGAAGAGUGGAGGCUGUUAUAGCAGCAAUGUUCCAACAUCUAGUGGAAAGCCUUCCCAGCAGAGUGGAGGCUGUUAUAGCAGCAAUGUUCCAACAUCUAGUGGAAAGCCUUCCCAGAAGAGCGGAGGCUGUUAUUGCAGCAAUGUUCCAACAUCUAGUGGAAAACCUUCCCAGAAGAGUGGAGGCUGUUAUAGCAGCAAUGUUCCAACAUCUAGUGGAAAGCCUUCCCAGAAGAGUGGAGGUUGUUAUAGCAGCAAUGUUCCAACAUCUAGUGGAAAGCCUUCCCCAGAAGAGUGGAGGCUGUUAUAGCAGCAAUGUUCCAACAUCUAGUGGAAAGCCUUCCCAGAAGAGUGGAGGCUGUUAUAGCAGCAAUGUUCCAACAUCUAGUGGAAAGCCUUCCCAGAAGAGUGGAGGCUGUUAUAGCAGCAAUGUUCCAACAUCUAGUGGAAAGCCUUCCCAGAAGAGUGGAGGCUGUUAUAGCAGCAAUGUUCCAACAUCUAGUGGAAAGCCUUCCCAGAAGAGUGGAGGCUGUUAUAGCAGCAAUGUUCCAACAUCUAGUGGAAAGCCUUCCCAGAAGAGUGGAGGCUGUUAUAGCAGCAAUGUUCCAACAUCUAGUGGAAAGCCUUCCCAGAAGAGUGGAGGCUGUUAUAGCAGCAAUGUUCCAACAUCUAGUGGAAAGCCUUCCCAGAAGAGUGGAGGCUGUUAUAGCAGCAAUGUUCCAACAUCUAGUGGAAAGCCUUCCCAGAAGAGUGGAGGAUGUUAUAGCAGCAAUGUUCCAACAUCUAGUGGAAAGCCUUCCCAGAAGAGUGGAGGCUGUUAUAGCAGCAAUGUUCCAACAUCUAGUGGAAAGCCUUCCCAGAAGAGUGGAGGCUGUUAUAGCAGCAAUGUUCCAACAUCUAGUGGAAAGCCUUCCCAGAAGAGUGGAGGCUGUUAUAGCAGCAAUGUUCCAACAUCUAGUGGAAAGCCUUCCCAGAAGAGUGGAGGCUGUUAUAGCAGCAAUGUUCCAACAUCUAGUGGAAAGCCUUCCCAGAAGAGUGGAGGCUGUUAUAGCAGCAAUGUUCCAACAUCUAGUGGAAAGCCUUCCCAGAAGAGUGGAGGCUGUUAUAGCAGCAAUGUUCCAACAUCUAGUGGAAAGCCUUCCCAGAAGAGUGGAGGCUGUUAUAGCAGCAAAGUUCCAACAUCUAGUGGAAAGCCUUCCCAGAAGAGUGGAGGCUGUUAUAGCAGCAAUGUUCCAACAUCUAGUGGAAAGCCUUCCCCAGAAGAGUGGAGGCUGUUAUAGCAGCAAUGUUCCAACAUCUAGUGGAAAGCCUUCCCCAGAAGAGUGGAGGCUGUUAUAGCAGCAAUGUUCCAACAUCUAGUGGAAAGCCUCCCAGAAGAGUGGAGGCUGUUAUAGCAGCAAAAAUAACAUAAUAUUGAUUUUAUUGGUUUAUUUUGUGUGUUUUGGGGGGUGGGGGAGGCUGAGAUGUCUUUUCUAAGAUAUUCUCUCCCGUAUGGGUGGGACAUUCAAGAGAACACAGUUGGUAGGAGAGAGAGAGAGAGAUACAGAGAGAGAGAGAAACAGAGACAGAGAGAGAGAGAGAGAGACAGAGAGAGAGAUAGAGAGAGAGAGUGAGAGGACAGAGAGAGAGAGAGACAGAGAGAGAGAGAGAGAGAGAGAGAGAGAGAGAGAGAGAGAGAGAGAGAGAGAGACAGAGAGAGAGAGAGAGAGAGAGAGAGAGAGAGAGAGAGAGAGAGGGAGAGAGAGAAAGAGAAAGAGAGAUGCGCCAGUCCUGUCAGGUGGAUGGAUUACCUGGGCAAAAGGAGAAAUGCUCACUAACAGAGAUGUAAACAAAGGUGUGCAAAAUAUUUUAGAGAAAUAAGCAUUUUUUUGUGCAUAUGGAUAAUGUCAGGGAACUUUAUUUCAGCUCAUAAAACAUGGGACCAACAGAGAGAGAGAGAGAGAGAGAGAGAGAGAUGGGGAGAGAGAACACAAGCAAUGUAAAGAAGUUUCAGAGAGAGCAGAGGGAGAGAGAGUUGGGAAAAGUUAGCAAAAUCAUAAAAGACUAGCAAAAGCUGAUGGGAGAAGAGUUAGUGAGCAAAACACUCCCAUAUCUACUGGGUGAAAUACUACAGUGUGCCAUCACAGCAACAAGAUUUGUGGCCUGUUGCAACAAGAAAAGGUCAACCAGUGAAGAACAAACGCCAUUGUAAAUACAACCCAUAUUUAUGCUUAUUUAUUUUCCCUUGUGUACUUUAACUAUUUGUACAUCAUUACAACACUGUAUUUAUUUUUAAUAUGACAUUUGUAAUGUCUUUAUUCUUUUGGAACUUCUGUGAGUGUAAUGUUUACUGUUCAUUUUUAUUGUUUAUUUCCCUUUUGCUUCACUGGAUUUGGCAAUGUUAACACAUGUUUCCCAUGCCAAUAAAGCCGCUUGAAUUGAAUUGAGAGAGAGAGAGUAGCAUGUGUGUGAAUAUAUUAAAACUGGAGCAGGCUGAAACUGGGAGAAGGAAAGGCAGCUCUCAUUUAGAGAGUUUUGAUCUGAGUGAUGUUAUUUGCUUGAUAGAGCUGAUAGAGUCCUUAUGGAGCUGAGAAAGUCCUUAUAGUCCUGAUAGAGUCCACAUGGAGCUGACAUAGUCCUUAUGGCGCUUAUAGAGUCCUUAUGGAGCUGAUAGAGUCCUUAUGGAGCUGAUAGAGUCAUUAUAGUCCUGAUAGAGUCCCAAUAGCGCUGAUAGAGUCCUUGUAGAGCUGAUAGAGUCCUUAUAGAGCUGAUAGAAUCCUUAUUGAGCUGAUAGAGUCAUUAUAGUCCUGAUAGAGUCCCAAUAGCGCUGAUAGAGUCCUUAUAGAGCUGAUAGAGUCCUUAUAGAGCUGAUAGAGUCCUUAUAGAGCUGAUAUAAUCCUUAUGGAGCUGAUAGAGUCAUUAUAGUCCUGAUAGAGUCCCAAUAGCGCUGAUAGAGUCCUUAUAGAGCUGAUAGAGUCAUUAUAGAGAUGAUAUAGUCCUUAUAGAGCUGAUAGAGUCCAUAUAGAGCUGAUAGAGUCCUUAUAGAGCUGAUAGAAUCCUUAUGGAGCUGAUAGAGUCAUUAUAGUCCUGAUAGAGUCCCAAUAGCGCUGAUAGAGUCCUUAUAGAGCUGAUAGAGUCCUUAUAGCACUGAUAGAGUCCUUAUGGAGCUGAUAGAGUCAUUAUAGUCCUGAUAGAGUCCCAAUA